GGUAUCGUAUACAUGGUAGCUCUUGCGAUGUGCAGUUCAAAGCUAACGGUUGGGCCGUAUAAGUAACGCUGAAACUGGCAUGAUCUCGACAUCCUCUCCGUGGAAACUGAUUGAAAGGUUCUGGGCAUAAAUGACUCGAUUUUGACAUCAUUCCCAGGGGCACAACAACAUACAGUACUCUUUUCUUCUUCUUCUUCUUUUGCCCCUGGCAGUAGGAUGCCAUUCAGUUGGGCAGGUUCAGGGUUUCCCAGACUUGGAGUGAAGGAUCCUAAGCCGAAAAUUGUCAACCAAACCUGAGAAACCAGAUAGCCUCUGAUGCUAUAAGUUUUCAGUAUCUCUCUUUUGCUGAUAAUGAAGUAAUGGUCUAAUUCCAAGCACAGAUAAUGAGCAAGAUAAUACUCCAACCUUUUAUGCCAAUCUCCAUCCAUCAUGGUAGCUCUCUGUUGCGCUCCCAGCAAUGCAAACUCAAAUAUUCAAAGCUAUGAUUAUGGUUGGGGCGUCAAAUUAAUGGUGCAUAAAACACUGAUCGUGCCAUCUUCCCUGCUGAAAAUGACUGAAGAACUCAUCGUAUGACUCCAUCGGACACCAUGUCUUGGACAGAGUACACCAUGCCAAUAUUUUUUCUCUCCGGUCACCCACCUCACUGGUUGGACAGUUGCAGAGGCUCUCAGGACCCGGGCCGGGAGCACGAGUGUGGGCGCCCACUGGGCCUCAAGUUCAACAACGAGACGGGGGAGCUGUACGUCGCGGACGCGUACCAUGGGCUGAGAGUGGUCGGGCCGGAUGAUCACGUGUCCAGGCCGCUGGUGCCGGAGUGGCAAGGGAGCCGCCCGUUCAGCUUCGCCAACGGCAUCGAGAUCGACUACGAAACCGGAGCCAUCUACUUCACCGAGACCAGUACAAGGUUUCAGAGAAGGGAGUUUUUGAACAUUGUUAUAUCGGGUGACAAUACUGGUAGAUUGUUAAAAUAUGACCCAAAGAGCAAUCAAGUGGAAGUCUUGGUUGAUGGUUUAUCUUUCGCCAAUGGCUUGGCAAUGAGCAAAGAUGGCACAUACUUGCUCCUAGUAGAAACCACAACCGGCAAGAUUCUAAGGUACUGGAUCAAGACACAAAAAGCUUCGAUCCUAGAAGAAGUUGUGCAGCUACCUUGGUUUCCGGAUAACAUCAAGAUGAGCCCCAGAGGAGGGUUCUGGGUUGGUCUCCAUGCCAAGAGAGGGAAGAUCGCCGAGUGGUCGAUUUCUUACCCUUGGGUAAGGAGAUUGAUACUGAAGUUGCCGAUGCGCCAUGUCCAGCGUGCCUCCUGGCUCUUGAAUCAGCUUGGCCGUCAGGUUAUAGCGCUGAGGUUGAGCGAGGAUGGGAAAACAAUAGAGGCGGUUAGUGUUCACGGUGCUAUUCAAAAGGUUUUCAAGUCAGUCAGCGAGGUGGAAGAAAGGAAUGGAAGCUUAUGGAUUGGCUCUGUCAUGUCACCUUUUCUUGGAGUAUAUAGAUUGUAGAAGCAUUUGGAUUGUAUGAUUGAAUAUGCAACGUGUAUAUGCGUAUAUGGUAGUCGUUUAAUAGAAUAACAUUAUACACGUGUAUAUGCAUAUUUUUCCCACCAUAUAAUCAAAUUUAUUUGCAAUUA